ACGAUCCCCGUCCAAGUUCUCUUGGUUGGAGUUUUGGCGGCUUUUUCUCGUGGUCGGCCCAGAGCGCUCCAACGGCUUCCUUGCCGGCAGCGUCGACACAGGGUUUAGCACCCGAACAGCACUGGGCUCGGUCUGCCGCCGUCAGGAACGUUACGGACGGCGGCAGCACCCGUCCGCGCUUUCAAUGCGGCAAAGCAGCAGCGUAACUACUACCUACGCCCUGUAACAGCACAUUUUACCUUGCGUUUGCAGGCAUUUGCUGGGUAAAUCCUAGGUUGAACUGCCCGCGCUGAACUUUUCCAUCCAACCUUCACUCGCGCCGCUAAUUGGCUGGUUAUUAUUAGCGCGACUCAAGCCAGCCAUUUCGCUUCGAGAACAAAGGGGAAGGGAUCAAGAUCUUGGCGCAAAAAGGCCACCAAGAGUCAGAGUGGAAAAAACCAACUGCACAAGGCAAAAAGCCACCGUUUCUGCGGAGCUCCCUCUUCCUCCGCCGCCAUUUAGUAUCGCAUUGGCCCUGCAAGCCGCACACCACCUUCCAAGCCACCCUCUGAUCGCAAUGAACUCCUCCACGACCAUGUCCAGCCACCAGGCGAUCAUGAAGUGCCCCUGGCAGUGGCGUCAGCCUUUUCUCGACGAAAAACGCGAAAGCCGCAAGCGCAAGGUCGGCGACGGCUACUUCUACGACCCCGUAGACCCGAACUUCGUGGAUCACCUUCUACCCGGUUACGCCAAGAAGUUCUGCGGUGCUGAUGUGCUUGAGUCCGAUGAAAAGGAGAACAUUCAACGCGAGAUUGAGCGUCUUAUGACCAAGAAGAGCAACGACCCGCUCAACGGCAAUGAUGACGCUAAAUUAGACGACGCUGCUGUCUCCAGCGACGAAGACGACUUCGACGUUAGCCGCGAGAACCAGGCGCUUGUCGACAGUAUUUUGCUCAUGUCCAAAUCUGUGGAGGCCUCGUCACUAACGCUGCUAGCGUCCCCCAAGAGCGUUGCAUCUUCUUCGCCUUCCUCGGACGAGGGCAGCGAUGAUGAUGAGCUCAGCAGCAGCAGCGAAGAGCCCUUCGACCUCGCUGAAGACCGACCGGCCAAGCUCAUUGCGCACCGCAGCUCGUCACUCGAGCUUGUGUCUGACAACUUUCAAGAGACACUUUUCGCUGUGGAAGACAGCGAGCUGUUGGACUUCCAGGGCACCGGAGCGACCGAAACGGACUGAGCGGCGGUGACUGCGAGCCCUCAGCCCCGCUCACGCCGCGGCCAUUCCACCCACCGACUUCCGCUCGUGUGAAUUUAUUUAUUGAUCGACUUCAGCUUUGAUUGCCCGUUAUGUAUGAUUCGACUGUGGCGCUGGCAUUCCCUCACCUUCCGCUCGAGGAAGAGGGCGCUUCCGCCUGCCAGAAACAAGAUAGCUCUCCAGAAAAACUAUAACAUUUGCUAAUGAACUUGCUUUUUGCUACAGAA